CGCAAGAAUUUGCUUUUAAGGUCAUGUCAUUUGGUACAAGAUUCGAAAUAAAACCGUGAGUAAAUCCGAAACCAAACAAACCGCACCGUUUUCGGUUGGAUCGUUCAAAGCUCGUUACACGUUAAGAUGCGAAGAAGAGAACGAAUAUUUUGCGCUGUAGGAAAUAUAUUCACGGAGCUCUGCCGUCAGCAUAAUGCUUCAUUCGCUCUCCUGUUUUUUAUGGAAGUAUUGGAACUUUCAGCUACGGAUGUUGGAAUUAUAUUUCUCAUUGCACAGUUAAUUACCGCGUUUUUCGCAUCAAUUUCUGGCUACCUUGCUGAUAAGGUUGAGAUACCUUUUCUUUCAAAGAAACUUGGCGGGCGAAAAUCUUGGCACCUUUUGGCGACAGUUUUGUUGGCCGUAGUCGUUCCUCUUAACGCCAACCGCUGUUAUCCGUGUAUUGGUAAUCAUCAUAGCUGGCUUCCAAUCGUCUAUUUCGGCUUCUUGAAUACUAUUUAUGGCAUAUUUGUCAACAUUAUGGAAGUAAAUCACUCGUCUUUCAUCGCCACUGUAACCGACUCUGUUGAGGAAUAUACAGCUAUAAGCACAAUGAGGACAAUGUUCAGCUUCAUAAGUGGCAUUUUCAUUUACAUAGUCGCCUGGGGUCUUCUGGGACAAGACAAAAGCGAUGAUUUAGGACCUCACAGCCUUCCAGAGUUUCUGUAUCUUGCGUGCAUUCUUAGUGGAACAGGUGUCUUCCUUGCAGCCAUUUUUCACAUUGGUGUAAGGGAACCUAAAACACGCGUAAGAAGAAAGAGCACCAUAAACAGUCUUAUGAAUGCUCCUGGCAUAUUCCUGAAUGCGUUUGGGUCGCAAAAUGCCGACACUAGAAGAAGGAGCAUCGCUUAUAAUUUUGUUGACAUGAUUUUGGCUACAACUGAAUAUGAAGAAAAGCAAAGUGAGAUGAGUGGAUGUGAAGAAAGUAGGGGUCAUGAAGGGCAAAGAAGAAAACGAAGUCUAUUGCAGAAGUUUGUUGAUGCUCUAUUCUAUGACGGGGAAACUGACAACAAUAGUCAAAAUCAGGAUCAGUUACAGUCUGCUACUGAGGAAACCACUAAGAAUCCAAAAAGUGAGGAUGCACAAACACCAGUGUUUUUAGAAGUACAGCAUCUAGAUCCUGAACGAAAGAGGAGUCUCUUAAUGCGUGUUGUUGAUGGACUAGUGUUUAGAUUACAACAGGAAGAGCAAGUGCAGCUCACGUGUAUUAAUGGUAUUGGAGAUCAAAUUGCAAAGGACGGUGAAUACGACGAGUGUGUAACUGGCGAAAAUUUCUGGAAGGCUGGAGAAGAAGAGAUCGAAAGCGCUCCUGACGAGAGCGAGUGGGAACUGACCAACAACGUGAGUUCCGCUAAAGAUAAGAAUGGAAACGAGGAGGAAGGAAUUUACAGAGAAGACCAGAAUGAAACCAGUGUUGAUGACAGUACUCAGAACUUUCCGAAACAGGACUGUAUGGAGGAAUUAGGAAAUGACAGAGAAGAUCAGAAUGAAAGCAUCCCAGAAACAUCAUUUCGGACCAAACGCAACCAAAGAAAACGUGGAAUAGCGCAUUUUCCGGUUGGUAGUAAAUGUGGUCUCUCUAACUCUGGAUUUGAAGGUGAUGAAAGUGAUAGUGAUAGGAAAAGAAGCGUCAGCAGUAAACUAGAAGGGAAGCGAAGAAAGUCUGUGCAUUUCUCUUCUUCUGAAUUUUCCGGAAAGCUGUCAAUGGACGAGAUAGAACGACAGAGUUUAAAUCUUGAUUACACGCCUAAGAAGAAAACGAGUCUGGAGGAAUGUACUCAGAAUUAUCCUAAAGAAGAUUGCAGAGAGGAUGUAGGAAUAGAAACUUAUGAGAGUAGAAACGAAUCUUCAGCUGGAGGAGACAACCCCGAACUACUUGGUGUCCCUGUUCCAUUGACAAAUGGAGAACGAGGACCUGAGAGAAAACAACCAAAAGGAAUCAAAGAGUGGCUGAGGGAUCCAGGAUUGUAUAAGGUGGCCAUUAUCUUCGCAUGUUCACGCCAUGCACUGGACCUUACGAACACUUAUUUACCGCUUUUCCUUACCGAAACAUUGCUACUUCCUAAGGAAUCUACCGCCUAUUUUCCACUCAUACUCUUGAUCUGUGCCUCUUUAGCAAGUUCAGCCAGUAACAAACUAAACAAUAAAAUUGGGAGUAAGUGGAGUUACCUUCUGGCAGGUUUAUUAGUGAUGGGUGGUGCUGUUUGGAGUUAUUUUCAAACCGUCUCCACUAGACAGUCAUUUUAUGCACCAGUGGUCAUAAUAGGAAGUGGUAUGUCUAUUAUGCAUGUCAUGGCACUCGUCUUCAUUAUGGAGCUGAUCGGGGAAAAUAAGGAAAACAGUGGAUCAGUGUUUGCCAUUAUCGAUGUGAUCACAAGAGUUUCAAACGGUUUAAUUUUGCUCGGUAUACAGGAAUUUUACCCAAACGAAGGAACCAGCUCAAAGGAUGCAGUUACCAACUAUGUGCGACUUGUGUUUGCAUUGACGGCCGGAAUUUUAGCUCUGGUGGGAUCCCUAGUGGUUUUGUUUUUCCAACCGUCAAAGUUUGUCCACAAAACAAAAGCUUCACAGGAUGUUGAAGAUCAACCUUGCCAACCAUCGUUUGAUGUUCAAGUUCUCCAGUGUCCAGCUGAAGAAGCAGCGUCAAUCAACAGCCCCGAUACUUAUAAAAAUAACCAAACCGUUACAGUGCAUUCUUGUUCAGAGAACACAAAACUGUAAAUUCUUUGAGAAUUGUAUUUAGUGUCACAGCUGGUUCAUCUGCCUGCCAAAGAUCACGCCCUUAACUUCGGUUCACACACUUCAAAUCGUAGAUGUUUCAGUUUGAACAAUUAAGUUAGAAUGGAAGAGUUUGUGAAGUUAACCCUGGUCAGACUACGUUUACCUUUACAAAACAUUUAUUUAGGUAUCAAGGUAGGAAAAUGUCAUGCAUACCGUAGAAUGUGGCUGAAUGUUUUUUAAAGUUUGACUUAUAUAUUCAACUUAGUUUUUAUUGUUUGUGUAGUUUCCUUUAAUUAACCAGUACUCUCUAGUUCCAAUAUUUGUUAUUUUUUUAAGACUCGAGUAUCUUAUUGAGCAUUAAUUAGACUCCAUGUGGAUUGUGA